AAAAAGAAAAGGUUAGGAAUAAUACUAGCCGCGCCCCUCCAGGACGAGGCUCUCAAAAUCAGGAAAGCGGACUCCACCGUCAAGAAUUACAAAUGCAAAUGACUCAAUUUCAUCGUAAUGACAAAAGCCGACUACAGACUGCAGGCUUUUCAGGAACACCAAGGACCUCUUUUUCGGACACUCUUAACGUCGGAGGGCGUCACCCGAGCUGGUGCUGGCCUCGCUUCCUGGUCCCGAGGAGGAGGCGCUCGCAAGCAAUUUGACGCGACACUUGAAGAGGUUCGUUUUGGCCAACAACACGUCCGUGGGCAACAAACACCUCCUUCGGACCACCAUGUCCGCAGAAAUUUCGUGUGAUCGAAUGCUGUCAAGUUGGAGUCCUGAUCCUCUGUAUCGUGCCAUGGAAGUCGGGAGGUAAACAGCGAACGAGGUCGUGGGCGUGCUGGAGCCUAUCCCUGCUGUCUUGGGACAGUAGGCGGGGUACACCCUGAACCGGUUGCAAGGCAAUCCCAGCACUAUCUGACUGGGCACCGCCAUGGCCCCUGCAAGGACUUGGCACCUCUGGGCCCACUGCCAGGACAGAAUGUCCUCUGCACCAGACCAGGAGAGGGAGAAAUUCUGGGAGGAGCUGUUUGAUCAGCUGGAUCUCAACAAAGAUGGAUACAUUGACAUACAUGAACUUCGUAAAGGGCUAGCGGGUCGAGGGCUAUCCAGAGCUUCGCUGGAGAGGAUUGUAAAAGCAGGAGACACCAACGAGGAUGGAGUGCUUGACUUUGAAGAAUUUACUCAGUACCUUCGCACCCAUGAACAGCAGCUCAAAGUCAUGUUUCGCAGCCUGGACAAGAACAAUGAUGGUGAGAUUGAUGCAACGGAGAUCCAGCAAUCUCUCCAUGCUGUUGGCUUAGACAUCAGUCUCAGGGCUGCUACCAGGAUUUUGCAAAGUAUAGACAAGGAUGGGACCAUGACCAUUGACUGGAAUGAGUGGCGGGACUACUUCCUGUUUAACCCAAUCACAAACAUGGAGGAAGUGGCGCGUUACUGGAAACGUUCAAUGAUGUUGGAUUUAGGUGAGCAGAUGACAGUUCCAGAUGAAUUUUCAGAAGAGGAGAAAAAGUCUGGCUAUGUGUGGCGGCAACUGAUGGCAGGAGCCUUGGCUGGAUCCAUAUCACGGAGCGGAACGGCUCCCUUAGAUCGUCUCAAAGUAUUUCGGCAGGUUCAUGGUUCCUCUCUGUUUAGUGGGAAUGUGCUGGGUGGUUUUCAGUACAUGAUGAAAGAGGGAGGAGCGCAGUCCUUUUGGAGAGGCAAUGGAAUCAACGUUCUUAAAAUUGCCCCAGAGACUGCAAUCAAAUUUACAGCUUAUGAAAAGAUCAAGCACAUAAUGUAUGGCAGAAAAGAUACUAAAAAUCUGAGGGUUCACGAGAGAUUUCUCGCUGGCUCGUUGGCUGGUGCGACUGCUCAGACAGCCAUCUACCCACUGGAGGUGCUGAAAACCCGACUCACGCUUAGAAAAACAGGCCAAUUCUUAGGAAUGUCUGACUGUGCCAAGCAGAUUCUGCAGAAAGAAGGCAUUGCAGCCUUCUACAAGGGUUAUGUGCCUAACAUGAUGAGUAUUGUGCCUUACGCCGGGAUUGACCUGGCAGUCUACGAGACACUAAAGUUCGCAUGGCUAAGUAGGAACAGAGGAGUUGCGGACCCAGGGGUCAUGGUCCUGGUUGGCUGUGGUGCAAUCUCCAGCACCUGUGGGCAGUUGGCAAGCUACCCUCUUGCACUCAUCCGCACCCGAAUGCAAGCUCAAGUCUCAAUGAAAGGAUCCACUAAGCCAUCAAUGACCACCUUGAUUCACACCAUUUUGACCCAAGAGGGUGUGGCCGGCCUGUAUCGAGGAAUUUCCCCGAAUUUGCUGAAAGUCAUCCCCGCUGUCAGCGUGUCAUACGUUGCAUACGAGUACACGAGGAUAGCUCUGGGAGUGGAUGUGGAGGGUAGGCGGGGAGCGAAAGGGAAGGUUUAAAAAUGUGCGGCUGGUUUGAUGUGACUUCCCUCUGCAAGAUCUGUUAAACCUGCACGAAGAAGUGGACUUUGGUGGUGCAUAGAUUCACAGUCCCAUGACUGCAAGCCUUAAUGGACAAAUACUAAAAGUGAUAUUACUCACUCCCCUGCCGUUGGAUGACCUCACAAGAACAUAGAAGAUGUGUGAGUUCCAUUGCACUGCAUGCACUCAGUCAUUGUAUCUGCAUUCAUAUUUACACGUGACGACUUGCAUGAACUGACCUGAGAACCAGCACGUGCACCGCAAAGGGGUUGUGUGUCUCCAAACGCAAGAGGGGUUUCUCAGCCUUUUUUUUUUUUCUCCUCACAGGGGUAAUGUAGAGAAGAUAGACGACUUUCAAGAGCAUUGUUCCACUGUCCGAAGGUUCAACUAAGUGUUUUAGUUUGUGGACUGAAAUGUCUUAAGCAGAAUGACGGAAACACUGACUGCACAACAGUGAACAGUCAAAUAAUAAAUGUAGAGUCAGAUAAUGUUGAUUUGUGGUAUUACAACCAAAACAAAAAAAAAAAAAAAACCUCACACUUGCACUGGUCACGUCUGGAGACGAUGUCUCACAGCCUCUUUCCAAUGUCGAUUUGCAAGUCAAAGAGAUUGAGUCAGCUUUUAAAAACACUACAGUGUAAAUUGUAUUAUGGCCUUUACAGUACCUCCUCUCAUUUUUAAAAUACAAAGAUUUUAAAACUCUGUUGGAGUAAAGAUGAGCAUGAUUUUUUAUUUUUCCAAUGAAUACCUUCUGUACCUAUAUUUAUGUUUCAAUUGUUAUAUUUAUAAUAAAUGCAAAU